UUUUAAUGUUGUGUGGCGCGUAGCUCCAAAAGUAUUUGACCUAGAGUCACCAAAGUUUACAGGAAUGUUGGUCAGCAUGUGCUGUUCUGCACCUGGGGUUUCGCGUCCGGAUUCAUUCAGUAUUGUAGGAGUUAUGGCCCCUGACCUAGGAAAAAAUUGUCAUUUUAAUGUUUUGUCGCGCGUAUUGUUUUCCCGAAGUUGAACUGUGUCCUUUGUCAUGUAGUGGGGGCAUCUGUGUCCCAUGGACACAUUUCUAGUUAAAUUCUGACAUUUGCAGCAGUUUGACCGUCACAAUAUAAAACAAUCUGUAUACAUCGGAUUAGUUCGACUACAUUCGGUGUGAUUGUCUUUUGUCUCAUAAACCAUUUGGAUGGGAUAAUAACUGUUUUAUAUUUGAUAUUGACAUAUAUUGAACAAUUGUUAUUGGUUUUAUAGCUAUUUCUAGCUAUAUAUAACUAGAUUUAGCUGUAUAGCUAAUUUGUGACUUUUCUGGGACCUGCUAAAAGAUAACCGGAUUCCUAGUCUGGCCUCUAGGGGUUUUCUAUAGGCAUGCAGUAAUCCAUUUACUUAUGAAUUAUCAAGCAUUUUCGAGGGGCAUACAAUUUGUACUGUUCUUGUAACAUAUAAUUAUAUUUCAGUUAGAUUCUACCAAAUGCCCCCUAACAAAAAGUGUCUUUUUUGAAAAGGACUGGGCUUUCCACACAGUUGACGAUUGCUUUGAAUGUCUUGAUCAACUGUGUGCAAAAUGUCAAAGGCUUUUUACCCCACAAAUGAUGGUCAUAUAGGCAACCUAAGGAAAUUAUCAACCAUUGAAAUCCAGGACCUUCUGAAGAGGCAAGAAGAUCUGUUAAAGAAAAAACAAUCAAUACUGAAUAAAUUACCAGACAAAGGUGGUAGGAUUAAGAAACAUUUAGAAGACUUACAACAAGAAUUGUCAAGGAGGGAGACAGUUAAUUCAGUUAAGCCCGCUUUACAACCAGGUGACAGUAAACAAAAUGCACAAACUGAAACCCUACAAACAGAUAGUCAAAUGAACACAAAUCAGGCGGAGGUAAUAGAAUCACUCAAGUUGGAAAAAGAGGAACAAAAAGACAUAUUAUUGGAAGAAGAACUUGAGAAACUUUCCGUAAAAGACAGUAACAAGGAUGAGAAGGAGAAAGGUGCUGAUGACUCAGGGAAAGCUCAGAAAUCAAAACAUCAGUAUGAAGUGGCUUUAGAAAGGGCAGAGAAAAACUUGCAGUCAGGGCUUAAACAACCAAUGAAACUAAACAGAGCGUUAAAGGUAGAACAUAUUGAGGAUCUUCCUGAUGAAAUAAUAAAGAUGAAAGGUUCAAAGAUAGUUCCAGAUAGCAACAAACAACAUCAAAGUAAGAUGGAAUGUAGUAACUUAAAAGUGAAUGAAGAAUCCGCGGCAGUACCUCCAAAUUACAAGUUUUCUGAAGUGAAAAUGAUAGAUAUAAAUGAAUCUUUGCAGCUGCAGCAACAACAAAAACAAACUCGGGAGGAACUGAAUGCUGAGCUGGCGGCAGAAAAGCUGGCUGAGAGAUUACACAUUAAGAUGGAAGCAUAUAAUCCUGAAGGAGUUGAUAUGAGUUAUCGAGGAGGUCAGAGUGUUGAAGAUAUAAACAGUGAUGAUGAUGAAGAUGAUGCAGAGGCUGCUGGUUAUGCAAGAACAAUGGUACCUUCUGACACAGAGGAUUGAGAACAUUUCAAUAACAUUGCUUUCAGUAGUGUGAACAUUAUAAGUCAGGGAUGUUUCUUUCUGAACAUAAGAACAACAGGUGAAGUUGCAGAUAUUUCUGCCAGCAUGGCAAUUACACUGGAACUGUUCGACACACAGCAUUAAACAUUAACAGAUUUACAGAUAAAUAUAAAAAGAAUGAGCACUACAGACAUGGACAGUGAUACACCUGGAGUAUAAAUCUAUUUAACAGAAUGACAGUAUUUUUAACAGCAGUUCUCACAUGUAAAAUAUGCAAACCAGUACCAAAUAUAGUUCUAGACAUUUAGAUGCUUAGAAAAAAUCAACAGUGCACUUUCAAAAACAGAUUUGACAAUUUUGACUGCCUUAUCUUAAUACCAUUAUCAUUUUAGAAGAAAUGUUCAGCUUGCUUUGCUUGCAGAACAUCAGAUCAAUAGUAUCUAUAAUUGCUGAAGUGGAUGAAACGAAAGUUAUGAUUUCGAGGUGAGCUAGUGAAUAGUUUGGUAACCAUAGCCCAUCAUCCUACAUCAUUAUUUUUCCUGAAACAUCUCCUCAGAAACUACCUGUAAGGAUUACUGUAGGAUCAUUGCACAAACCUCUCUAAAAUUUGUUCAAUGGUUCUGCUAGCGCUUCCAGAGCUAAAUUAGAAAAACCUGUAGACAGCUUCUUCUCCUGAACCACUUCUCUUAAGUUUGUUCAAAUGAUUCCACUUUGUUGCUUUAACUGGCAGCAAGAGCUGAACACAGACAAACCUAUAUAAUGACUUCUUCUCAUUAACAGCUUCAUGGAUCUUCAUCAAACUUAUUUUAACAUCCACAUUCACCCUAUUCUUUUCAACUUAAAAUUAUGAAGUUCAUUUUGUAUGAACAACAAAAGGAAAGGUGCCGAAGUUACGAAAACGCUGCUUAGUGAUAACGAGUAGCUGUUUUGACAACGUCCGCGUAUAGUCAGCGAGAAUGUUCCUUAGAUGACGUCACUGUGGCAGAUAUUCCAUUUAGUGAACAGAAUGGCCAGGAAGCUGAUUUUAAUGUUAAAUGCAACAAAAUGUGUGCAGUUUAUAAUAUAGCCGUGUUUACAAAUAGAAAGGAAAUAUAAGAAAUGAAUUAUUUUUUUCAGAGUUCAUGUGAAAUGAAGGACAGAAUAGGAUCGGCAAAUUAAACAUGAAUUUGCUAGCGCAAUUCAUGGUUUGCCGAUCCUAUUUUGUCGUUCAUUUCACAUGAACUCCGAAAAAAAUAAUUCAUUUCUUUAUAAAAAGGAAAGAAGCCAUGAACAAACUUCUUCUUAUGAACCAUUUAAUGUCACUUAUCAAAACUUGGUCUGUUUCAUCCAUGUAUGGAUCUCUCCAGUUUGUUGAAAUGGUUCGGUUUGACUACUUUUUUGGGCUGCUAGAACUAUAGAUAGAAACAAAUUUAGACAUCUUCUACCCAGUAGUGAACCACUUCAUAGUUCUUCAUUACAAUAUUUUUCAAAUUUGUUAGAUUGGUUCUGCUUGACAGCCAAAGUGAAAAUGAGGAGAACAAAUCUUUAAAGGACUUCUUUAUCUGUUAUCAUUAGCUGUUGGAUGGAUGCUCACCAAAGGUAUUGAUCAGGUUAACAACCUAUGGGCCGCAUGGCUCUCGUGUUUUGAAAAUUUACAAACUAAACAAAGGAAAUUGUGUCAAAUACUAAGGCUAAAUUAUGCAUCAGAAGAUGUUAGAUGUAAGAAGAUGUUAGAUGUAAGAAGAUGUUAGAUUACAUUGUAAUAGGUGAUGUUUGACAAAAAAUUUCAAAGGGAGCAUGCUAUAGGACCAUGCUAGAAAUUUUGCCCCAUUUAAGCCAGAAUCCUGGAUCUGCUCCCUGAUUUUGCAUUUGAAAUUUACAUCUCAAGUUGUGUAAUUCAUGAAACAAAGUUGGAAAAGAAAAAGUUGCUGUUGAUAAUAGAAAAUAUAGUAAAGCACUGGUUACAGUGAUCCUCAAGUUAUCCAGGCUCUAGAGCCAUCCAAACAUCAAGAAUAUAAGGGAAACAGCCAAAGGCUGCUUGGAUUGCUCAAGUCAACCCUGGUGCUCGAGCCAUCAUUACAUGAGCAGGCAUGUUUCACAGUAUCAUUUAAUUAUCCAGCUUUUUGCAUAUUUUCCAAUUUUACCAGUUUCCCCUCCUCACACAAACACUGCUUUUAAAACAUAGGGUAAUUAUUCCAGGAGCCAAAAAAAAACAUAGAGCACUGAAUAUGCUCUUUCUUCUCUUAUGAAAUGAAACUGUGCUAUUAAUGUAUUUGUGUUAUUUGUUAAAAAUAUAGAUUGGUUAGAAAUAUAUAUUACAUGUAUUUAUGUCUUCUACACAGCUGAGUAAGUUUCCAUAUAUUGUCACUAAUUUUACAGGUAAAUGCUUGACAAAGCAAUUUUAAGAUGUAUUUAUUUUCCUUGCAAAGGAUAUGUGUUUUUAUUUUGGUUUUAAAUAAAGAGAAUUUGCUAUA